AUGAGGCGCAACACCUUGUCAAGCAGCUUCAUCCUUUUGCUGUCCCUUUUUUUGUGUGCAAAGAAUGCAGGGAGCUUGAAAUACCCCCAAGCCGCUCUCCUAUUUGUGCACAACAACUCUAACCUUUUCCAAAAUGACCCCCUCAGCGUGUUGCGAAACAAGACGAAUAUACAGAAUAAGAAGAAAAUUCCGCGCCUUAAAAUACAGUCAUCCGAGGAGCAGCAUACGGAUGGGGGGCUGCACUACGAUUUAACCCCUGAAAACGUGGAAAAGGUUUUAAAUUUAAUUCGACCCAAAUUGCGAAUAGAUAACGGCGAUGUCGAAUUGGUAGACAUCAAAAACAACGAUCUCUAUAUUAAGUUGUUGGGGAACUGCGUCACCUGCAGCUCGAACAGCGUCACAGUGUCGCAAGUUAUCAAGAAGACACUAAAAAUGUACAUACGGAAUGAGAAAGGUGAAGAGCCAAACGUGAUCAUCACAAAUUUUGACGAAAUAAAUGAGGAAAAUAUAUACGGCUGCUUGAGUGAUCUGAAGCCCUACUUUGAUUUUCUGAAGCUGAAGGUAGUAAUCAAGGACCUCAUGAAGAACAAGGAAAAUAUCAACAACUCCGUCUCGUUGGUUUUUAAGAAGGUUGAUCCGGGGGGAGAAGACGGAGAAGCAGGUGGAGAAGUCGGCCGAGAUGCAGACCCCUACGCGGAGCCAGUCAAAAUACCCUUCACCGUGAAGAGCGAAAUAACGGAACGGCUGAAGCAGAAGUUUCCCACGCUCGUGGUCAACUUUGAGAAUUAA